AUGAAAAAUUUUCAACAUUCCCUAAACGAUAUUCUUUACGAGAAAAAGUAUUCGACCGGGAAUUCCAAUUUGAGAUUCUUGAACGGUGAUAAACUAAUUCGAAGUUCCAGUUGUUUUAUAUGUUUAAGUGAUACGGGAAUUCGAUUUGAAAAUAAUGGGCAAAUGCAACCAACAUUGUGGCGUCAUAGACGAUUACAAAGUGAAAUUCGUGCUUUACGUGAUGACCCACCUGAUGGAAUACGUGCUGAACCAUUAGAUUCAUCUUGUUGUCAUUGGCAUGCUUCUAUUUGGGGUCCUAGUUCAUCACCUUAUGAAGGUGGUAUUUUUUAUCUCUAUUUACAUAUUCCUCAAUCUUAUCCAAUGAUUCCUCCAGUUGUACGUUUUAUAACAAAAAUUUUUCAUCCAAAUAUAAAUAUUCAUGGUGAUAUUGGUCUUGAUUCAUUUGGUUCAAAUUGGAGUUUAGCAUUAACAAUAUCUAAAGUACUUAUAUCAGUACAAUCAUUAUUAAGUGAUCCAUAUUCACAUAUAUGUAUGAAUCGAGAAGCAGCUGAUUUAUAUACGAAUGAUCGUGAACAAUAUGAACAAAAAGCACGUCAAUGGACAUGGGCAUAUGCUAUGCAUGAUUAUAUAAAUGGAGAUGAAAUUGAAAUUUAG